UCCUUAUUUUCAACCAAACCCUCUCUCUCUCUCUCUCUCUCUCUCUCUCUCUCUCAAUUGCUGCGAAAGGAAAGCGGAAAGGAAUCGCAGUUCGAAAGUGGAAACGAAAGGCGUUGUAUGAUUGAGGUCCAAACGAUGCAGCAGCAGAAACAGCUAGAGGGAGAAGAACCUUCUUCUUUUUCUUCUCAUAGUAAGCCAUCGCCUUCUCCAAGUUUUAGCAGCUACUCUUCUGAAACACUCGCCGAAAUCGCAGCCAGAGUCAUCGAAGAGCUCCGCAGAGACCCUCAUUCCGUCACCGACGAAGACGACGCGCUUUUCCCUGCAUGGCAAAACGACGACCACAGCUUCCCUGCUCCAAACGACGACGACCAACCCGAAAACGACGAUUUCGAGUUCUCCUUCGUUCCCAGAGACUUAUCUUCUCCCGUCUCGGCUGACGACAUUUUCUACAACGGCCAGAUCAGACCCAUGUACCCAAUCUUCGACCGCAACCUCCUCUUCGACGCACCCGCUCCCCCAAACGACACCGCUCCGAAUAAUAAAAACGAUGCGACGACGAGACGGCGUCGUCUUCCCCUGAGGAAACUAAUGUUCGAGGAAGGCGAAACGGCGUCGUGUUCGUCUUCAACAGACGAGAGUGUUGACCUGGAGGGUGUGGCGGAAGGGACAUACUGCGCAUGGACCCCAAAUUCGGUUGGGAGGGAGCGAAAGAAGAGUAGCUCCACAGGUUCUGCUUCGAAGCGGUGGAAGCUGCGAGAUUUGCUUCUGAGGAGCCAUAGCGAUGGAAAGGACAAGCAACAAGUGGUGUUUCAGAUUCCGACCAAUAAAGAGGCUAAAAGCAGAACCGUGGGAACGGUGGGUAAGGAACACGGAGACCACAACAAGAGGAAGUCUUUCUUACCUUACAGACCAGAAUUGGUUGGACUUUUCGCCAAUGUCAAUGGCCUUGGUCGGAAUUUGCGCCCAUUUUGAUUCUUAUUUUUCAACCAUAAUUAAUUAAACAAUCAUUAAUUAUAUUUCCCUUUUUCUUUUUUUAAUCGAUUUAUUUUUAUGCCUCGUGCUUUAUUAGUCAUUACUUCAAUCUGGUGUUUCUCUUUGUUUUGUCUGUUUUUGGGCCGGGUAUCUUGUAAGUAAUGCCGAUGAGAUGUAUUUAUUCUUUUUAUGUAAAUUUUCUGAUUUUUUUCUCUCGUUCAGAUUGAAUGUUUCUUCUAUUUGUUAUGGACUUUUAAGAAAUUUAUGGUGGGGUUAGUUUGUAUUUGAAAUGGUAUGCGAGUGGAAUUUGUAUGAAUUAAGCUGACGAAAAGGAUAUGGAUUAAUUUUCGGCUUCAUCUUAGUGGGUGGGUUUCUUAAUUGAUAAAGUAUACAAUAUAUUAUGAGUAUAUAAUUUCUCUU